CUGCGACUAGUACUAUUUUUUAUUUAUUAUUUAUUCAUUUUAUUUUUUUAAUUUUAAAAUCAUGAUAUAAAUUGACAAUAUUUUAUUUUAUCUUUUAAAAGAUACUGAAUAUAAAAUAAAUUAUUUGAAUCCAAAAGUAUCUGGAACAAAUAUUGUAUUUAUGUGUAGACAGCUACCAUCAUCCAACAGAAAAAAAAAGAAUGCUCUUAAGAUUUCCCCACGGAUAUUCUCUCUCUCCUCCAAGAACAAAUGUAUAAAUAGACAAACAAAGUGAUCCAAACAGACAAGACACAUUUUACACAAGUUAAGCUUUUCUUAUGUCAAACAGUAGUGAUUCUCCGACCACGGGGAAUAAACAAACGUUUAAUGUACCUUCAAUCGCAUUGCCUUCAAAAUCUUCUGAUCAGUCUCUCCAAACAUCUCCAGGCUCAUCUUCUUCCCCAUCGCCGACGCCAAGACCUUCUCUCGUCGCAGACGGAUCUCCGGCGAGAAUAACGGCGACUAGAACAUCCGGCCGGCACUCAUUUUUCAGAGGAAUCCGGCUACGGAACGGUAAAUGGGUAUCGGAGAUUCGAGAGCCGCGUAAAACGACGCGAAUAUGGCUCGGGACUUAUCCGGUGCCGGAGAUGGCAGCUGCCGCUUACGACGUGGCGUCGCUAGCUCUGAAAGGCUCAGAGUCAGUUUUGAAUUUUCCCGGUUUGGUUUUGAGUUAUGUGGCUCCGGCUUCGAACUCUGCCAAGGAUAUAAGAGCUGCUGCCGCGAGAGCCGCAGAGAUGAAGCAACCCGGAAAGGAGGAGGAGGAAGAAGAAGCGUUGUAUUCUUCGUUGGAGUUUAUGGACGAGGAAGCGAUGUUGAAUAUGCCGAGUUUGUUUACGGAGAUGGCGGAAGGGAUGCUGAUGAGUCCACCAAGAAUGACGGAUCUAUGGAUGGAUGAUUCGCAGGAGAAUCAUGAAGGAGAUAGUCUCUGGAGUUACAAAUGAUUCCAUCCUACGUUUUCUUUGUCUGGUCAAAUGAGUUUUUCUUUGUUUUGUUUUUGGGUAGACAAAAGACAGGAACCCAAAAAUCGGAAUCAAACCGAUCUGAAUAGAAUUAAACCAAACUGA